AUGGCGGGGCGGCGGCGGCUGCUGCUGCUGCGCUGCCUCCUGCUGGGGCUGCUGGGCGGCGGCUGCGGGCAGCGCGGCGGCGGAGAGUACUGCCACGGCUGGGUGGACGGGCAGGGCGGCUACCACGACGGCUUCCAGUGCCCAGAGGGCUUCGACACUGCGGCCGCCACCAUCUGCUGCGGCUCCUGCGCGCUGCGUUAUUGUUGCGCGGCCGCCGAGGCGCGGUUGGAGCAGGGCGGCUGCACCAACCACCGGGAGCCUCCGGAGCCGGCGGUCAGCGCCCAACCCAUCUAUGUGCCGUUCCUCAUUGUCGGAUCAAUAUUUAUCGCCUUUAUCAUCGUGGGCUCCCUGGUGGCUGUUUACUGCUGCACGUGCCUCAGGCCCAAGCAGCCAUCCCAGCCCAUCCGCUUCUCCCUCCGGAGCUACCAGACCGAGACUCUGCCCAUGAUCCUGUCCUCAUCUAGCUGCCGGGCCCCAUCCCGACCAUCUAGCACAGCCACCAGCUCCAGCUCAGCAAGUGGCUCCCUGCGCCGCUUUUCCCUGGCCCGCACAGAGCCAGGCUGCUUGCUGUCAUCGCCGCCACCCCCAUACUCGGCCGGCUGCUUUCCCGCAGCCCACAGCACACACCUGGGGUCACCGCCGGGCUUCCUGCAGGCACCGCCGUACCUGGGUUACCCCGAGCCAGCCCUGGGUGGGAAGGGCUGUGCCGACCUCGCGCAGAGCUGAGCAGAGCGUCACGGUCUUUGGGAGCGUGAGGACUGACUGCAGUGCUUGGUGCUCUGCUCUGAUGGAGGCAGACCUGUGGGUGAGUUGCCAUUGAGAAGCGCAAGGCCUCGGAACAGUCCUGAGUGCUUCCCCCAACCUGGAUUACAGCUACAGAUGUUUUGUGAAGUAUUCUGAUCUUAGCUGCCUUAAUAACCAACUGCUCUGAUGGUUUGAUCUGAUUUGUGCAGAGCACAUUGAGAUACAACUAGAAAACCGUUUCUGGGACAAGGUUACCCAGCUCAAGGCGCUGUAAGUGAUGUUUUAACCAUAAAUGAUAUUAACUUUGCUAACAAGCAGUGGCCGCGCUCCAGGGCUCCAAUAACCAGCAUAGUUUUAUCCAGCAGCAAUAAGUAACAGAGGUAACAGUACUAAACUAGAGCUCUGCGGACCCUAACUCAGCUGCCUGCUCCCAUGGGCAAUGUGAGAAGGUAUGUAUUAAGAUAUUGAAGGCCCUAGUUUCUAAACAUACAGAAAAUGUACCUGAACUUACAUUGCAUAUUUAUACUGGUGAACUUAACUAAAAUAAAUAAAAUAGCACGAUUUAGGCUAGCUGAAAACAUACUGGUCCCGAGCAGCCAAAUAAUCCUAUGCUAGAAGAACAGAACGUGUUUGCUAAUAUUUCCACAUAACUCCUUGGCAUGCAAUCCCAGAGCUGUGCUGCACUGAGGCGUUUUUUAGAGGGAAAUAUUUAUUGGUGGCCUUUUGCUCAGCGCCAUGCAUACAUUGGAUGAACUGAUCCUGAAGUUCUAUUUGUAAAAUUAGCCAUGUAUAAAUGUAAAGCUUGUAAUUUAAGAUGUAUUUACAGCAUUGACAGCACUAAUUAUUUAGUAGUCACACCAACAGUUUAUCAAUAAACAGUGGUGGAAA